AUGUAUCAUAACUAUGCUCUACAAAUUCCCCAGGAGGAUGUUCAAUUAAGUGAUGGGGAUGAUGAAAUUGAUGCAGGUCCAGUAAAUUUUAAUGUGCCACAGCAAGCUCCUGAAACCUAUUUUACUGUGCCUGGGAUCUGUCUCAAUUCUUUAGUAUAUAUGGAUAACAUUGGGUAUAAAUACUAUAAGAAUAUAAGUCGUAACAACAAAAUGUACUUAGUAUGUGAAAAUCAAAAGAAUAAGGCUGAAUUCUGCCCAUCGACAGCAAUAGUGAGUGUGGAUAUAAAUGAGAAUUGGUUAAGAUCAAAUAUAAGACACAACCAUUUUCCACCUAUUGUGGACAUUCCAGUGGCCCAUUUGAGGAGGAGUAUUGGCAUUGCAGGCACAACUACUGGAAGACUGUCAAACUCAAUCAGACAUAUCUAUAAUAAUGAAAUAGUUGAAAACCCUGAUGGAGCAAAAAAUUACACAUUUUUACAAUGCCAAUCAAGAGUAAGGAGAAUGCGACAAUGUUCUCGUCCACAAAGUGUCGAUACAAUUGAAGAACUCUCAAACAUUCUGAGCCUGGAACAAAAUAAAUCUUACUCAUCAACCUUGCAGCGUCCACCAUCAAGAUUUUUCUAA